AUGUUUUCUCUUGUAGAUGCCACUUGCAAUGACCAGCAAGACCUCUUCUGUCAGAAGCUGCAGCAGUGCUGUGUGCUCUUUGAUUUUAUAGACUCAAUAGCUGAUCUGAAGAGCAAAGAAAUAAAAAGAGCCACUCUGAAUGAACUGGUUGAAUAUGUAUCUACAAAUCGAGGGGUAAUUGUAGAGUCUGCAUACCCAGAUAUCAUAAAAAUGAUUUGCGCUAAUAUUUUUAGAACUCUACCGCCGAGCGACAAUCCAGACUUUGAUCCCGAGGAGGAUGAGCCGACACUAGAAGCAUCUUGGCCUCACAUACAGGUGAGCUUUAGGCAGCUAUUCAUGUGCAGGAACCAUGCUGUUUGUUUUUCGUUCAGUUCACAUUUUAUUCUUCUUCUGUUUAGUAACAAAAGAUGA